AUGUCGAACCCGCCUCACCUGAAGUUAAGCGUCCCGUUUUGGGAAAAUCUCGAAGCCAACAUAAAAGAUGAUUACGCAAGAGGCUCGGCAUCGCUCUACUUUAGAGCAUACGGCCAAGCAGACCGUGUCCUCCUACCUAGCCAGUGGCGAGAGGUAGGGUGGACUCUCCAAGACUUUGCUUUUUUCUACGACUGCCCAGAAUAUGAGUCGGCUAGGUCAGCAUACGUAGAGCAAUGCCUUAUUAAAUAUCCAGUUGCCGCGUUACCGACGUGGAAUGAAGUUGUCAACGGGAUGCAAAUUCUUUUCACAAGGCCUGAUGCGAUCGCUGAUUACUUGUUUAUUAGGCCCAAUGUAUGGGUAAAUAAGGACAUCUGGCGACCGCUUGACUACGCCGUAGCGUUUAUCUUAAGGCUUCUUAACUAUCGAGAGCACCUUUACAGCGACGUCGUUAACGGAGGAGGUGAGUUUGUUGAAGGAAACAAGUACUGGAUGGGCUGGCAAAAAGCUUAUGCCGACAUUCUCGGCGCGGUUCAACCGUUCUAUAAGCCCUGGGACAGCUCGGACAAAUGGACAGCAGCGUUUCUUAUAUACCUUAAGCUUAAACACGAACAUGAGACCCAUAUAAUGGGACUUCUAAAAGGCGAUCCUCAAAUCUUUGCCGCUAAAUACAAACAGGGCAAGGAAGGGAUUGAAGUUGAUCCCAGGGCACAGGAGAGGUAUACUCAGAUGAAGGCUAUGAACACAUAUUAUUCCUAA